AAAUCAUAGGCUACUCCAUCUAUAUUUUGAUCGUUGCGUCAUCGUGUAUAAGUGAGCCAGCUAAAACCCGCUCAGAAUUAUCGCACAUAUUUCGCAGCGUUGUAACUACUAAACAUGCCAUGCAUUGGAGACUUAUCUGCUACUGGCACGGUUGUGGAAAGAUGCAGCUCAGACGCCAAUAUACACUGUCCUAUACAUAUGGAUGAGCCCGAUUCCUACCCCGUGGAAAUACUUGAUGUUCAGCAUAGAGCCCUGACAAUAACGUUAGAACUCACACAUAGAAGAAGCCUUACUGCUGUGAAGUGAAAAUAUUAUUGUAAAUCUUUCCCAGAUAUAUGACUUUGGACCCUCAGAUGAGUAAUGUGAUCCAGCGCUUUCUGGCUAUAUGAUAAUUAGCCUAACGAGGCUGACCGGUUUGAGCAGGCCAUCCAGUCUGGCCUGCGUUAUUAUUUAACAAUCACAAUAGCAGCUAUCAUUUGCUCCUAACGCUGAUUGUAAUAGGAGAAACCAACACACAUUCUUGUAGGCUCCCUGCCAAAUCGAAUCAUUGCAGUCUAUACUGAAUAAG